AAAUCAAUGAAGAAGUUCGUGGAAUUUUGUUUAUAAUGAUAGGCAAGGGAAGCAUUUUCAACAAGUUCCAAGAACACUGAGUCUUUGUAUGGAGUUGGCGUUGCAAAUAGAUGUUGUUGACCAAACAAAUUAUAAUUGCAAGAGCAAAUAAAGGGUGGUGGUUCAUGAAGCGUUCACUUUAAUAAUGUUCUGGUUAUGAUAAUAUUACAUUAUAUCAUAUAUAAAAGGAGAGUUCAAUUCUUUAACCCUGCACAAUUAUUCUACCAUCUAUCAAGUGAAGUUGUCCAUCAAUAUGGGUUGGGGUUUGAAGACAUUUAAAUGCUCAUUUCUUAUUUGGAGCCUUUUCUUUAUUGGUUUAUCUUAUUCUGAAAAUUUUGAUUUUGAAAAAGCUCCAAAGUUCAAGUUUGUGAAAGAAGCAACUUUGGCACCACCAAUCUUAUAUUAUGAUUAUAUAAUAAUUGGUGGAGGAACAUGUGGUUGUCCACUAGCAGCAACACUUUCACAAGGUGCAAGAGUCUUAGUCCUUGAAAGGGGUGGUUCACCAUACACAAACCCAGAGAAGAUCAACAUAUACAACUUUGUCAGUGCACUGUCUGACAUAAGCCCUUCAGCAUUUGCACAGCAAUUCAUAUCAAGGGAUGGUGUCCUAAAUGCAAGGGCACGUGUCCUUGGUGGUGGUUCUGUCCUAAAUGCAGGAUUCUACUCAAGAGCUAGUUUAAGGUACAUAAUGGAAUCCGGGUGGAAUGAAACUCUGGCAAAGAUUGCAUACAAAUGGGUUGAGAAGAAGGUGGCUUUUAAGCCUACACUGCUGCAGUGGCAAGCAGCAGUGAAGGAUGCAUUACUUGAAGUUGGGGUGCUACCUUACAAUGGCUUCACUCUUGAUCACCUUUAUGGGACUAAGAUUGGAGCCACCAUCUUUGACAAGGAUGGUAAUAGGCACACUGCUGCUGACUUGUUAGAGUAUGCUGAUCCAAGGAGGAUUUCUGUUUAUGUCCAUGCCACAGUCCACAAGAUACUUUUUAGAUACAAUAUAGAAAGAAGGAGGCCUCAAGCUUAUGGAGUGAUUUUCAAAGAUGCAUUAGGAAAAAUGCACAAAGCAUACUUAGGAAAGAGACCAAAAAAUGAGAUAAUUGUAUCAGCUGGGGCCCUUGGAAGCCCACAGAUACUGAUGCUAAGUGGAAUUGGGCCUGCAAGCCAUCUGAAGGCCCAUGGAAUCAAGGUGGUUUUGGACCAGCCUCUGGUGGGCAAAGGUAUGGCAGAUAAUCCAAUGAAUGUGUUGGUGGUUCCUUCUCCUUUACCUGUUGAAGUGUCUCUGAUCCAAACAGUUGGAGUCACCAAGUUCGGUAGCUUCAUUGAAACAGCCAGUGGAUUGAGCAUAGGUCAUUCUUGGGCUGAAAGGCUUCAAGGGAUCUUUGAAUUUGUGUCCAACCAGAGUGGGAAACCAUCAUCAGUGAUGUAUCCACCAGAAACAAAGGAGGAGAGUGUUGGAGACACCAUAAGAUCACUAUCCAAUCCAAUUCUGAAAGGAGGAGUCAUCCUUGAAAAGAUCAUAGGACCAAGAUCAACAGGGCAUCUAGAACUGGUUACCACAAAUCCCAAUGACAAUCCUUCAGUUACCUUCAACUAUUUCAAGGAUCCAGAAGACCUAAAGAAGUGUGUUCUUGGCAUGAAAACAAUCAUAGAUGUCAUCAACUCCAAAUCAUUCUCAAAGUUCAGGUUCAAGAACAUGCCUGUGGAAGCUCUCAUUGACUUGAUGUAUCACAUACCAAUGAACUUGAGACCAAAGCAUGCCUCUCCUACCCUUUCUUUGGAACAGUAUUGCAUAGACACUGUCUUAACUAUCUGGCAUUACCAUGGAGGAUGCCAAGUUGGAAAAGUUGUUGAUCUUAAUUACAGGGUUCUUGGUGUUGAUGCUUUGAGAGUUAUUGAUGGAUCCACCUUUUAUCGCUCUCCAGGGACUAAUCCUCAAGCUACUGUUAUGAUGCUUGGAAGAUACAUGGGAGAGAAGAUUUUAAGGAAAAGAUACUUCCCUGGAAAGAAGUGAAGGGAUAAUUCACUGGGUGCAAAAUUUUUUAGAUCCAUAGUUUAUUGUCGUGUAUGACAAUUCAUUUUUCCAAAAUAUUAUUACUUACUGAGAUUUCAGA